AUGAGUGCUGUGACUCCAACAUCGGCUGGCUCAAACGGAUCAAAGAAAAAUAAUUUCCGUUACCGUACAGUGAACUGUCAAUCGACGGUCGAUGAAACAUUAUUUGGCACACCACAUCGAGUAACAACAGCUGCAAGAAUGAGAGCAGAAAAACAGCAGAAUAAUCAGCAACAAAAUUCUGAUCAUCCGUCGAAUUGUCCCGAAUCCUAUACUCGUCCAACAAAAAAUGUUGGUCCAUAUAAAAAAGAAUAUGUUCGACAUAUAACAAAAGAUCUUAUCAGAGAUAUCAUAGUUCCUGAAGACCCUACCGAUACGUCUGUGAUUAUUGACGCAGCUACGUAUCAACGUUUAACAAGUGCUGCUAAAUUUCAACCGAAGUUAAUACGAGAGCAAGAACUUCAACAAUCAAAACAAAACAGAGAAUGCGUUGAGGAAGAGCUAGAACGUCGUAAAAAAGCAAUGCAAGAAUAUGAUUUGAGACGUAAGAAAAAUACUCAAUUAGAAGAUGUUGAUCAAGAGGCAAAAGAAGAGGCCGAGUAUAUGCUUAAACGUGCGAACGAAUUAAGACAAGAACAAGAAGAUGAAGUCAAACAUUUAAAUGAGAAUAACGCGUUUGCUAACGAUCGUUAA